GAGCGUGACUGUAUAGAUUUCUGCGUUAAUUGUGUGCGUGCGUAAUGCCAGAAAUUCACCGUAGCAACUAUAUAUUUUUUUUUAAUUUUUUUUGGUUGUAUUUUAAGAUAACGGUCUAAAGCGGCGUUCGUAAUUUGCUGCAGAAAAAAAUUAGCUGGGAGAACAAUACAAUACAAAUACAUUCAACACACACAUGACACAUACACAUUGGCCGCAGACAACAUUAUAGUCUAUAAAGUAACGCGAAACGUGUUGUGUGUGCGUAACUCGUAUAUCUCGUACAGUGCGUGAGUGGCGUGCGUGUACAAAACUAUUUGUGCGUUAAAUCAAAUGGCAUUUUGUCUUUAAACAAUUCAUUUCGAACUUUAAUAUCGAGUGGCGGACGUUAAAUAAGUAGUAGAUUCUAACAACUGACAAUUUUCUUGGGCUGUUGUUGGCCCUGUUAGCUGCCUGCAUAGUUUCUGCGCGUAUGUGUGUGUAUGUGUGUUUGUGUGUGUGUGUGCAGCAUCCCUAUUGCUAUCACGCUUCAGCACAAAGGCUAUUCUGAUAUCUGACGACUGCAGCGUGCGUGCAUCACAAAGUGCUGCUUUAAAGGGCGCACUAAAAUUUUUGUUGCCAACAACAAACAAAUUUUUUUUAAUUGGCUAAACGCUCGCGCUCUUACCGAAUUUGUAUGCACCCUUUUGUCUUACCAAUUCUUUAUAAAAGUAUAUUUUCUUCAGUUUUGCUUGAAUAUCGGGUCGCCUCGUAACGUAAGCAACCAUAAAAACCGUGGAUCGGCUAGGCGAUUGCAACAACUAAUAAAGAAAAACGUCUACUUACAUAUGUAUACAUAACUACGACGCAAAAACAAUAAUUGAAAGAAUAAAACAGAAAGGCCCAGAAAAACACAAUAAAAUAUAUAACAGUAAUACAACAGUAAUAGGACGGAGAGCGAGCGAGCGAGCAAGCAUACCACAAACAGAACAGUCAACAGUUAAAAUGUUUACCGAGGAGGGAAUUUUUUCCAUAGGCGAUGGCCUACUGGACGUGGAGCCCGAACGCUUGAAAGGAUUGGUUGUCGCGAAUGACAUCAAUGAGAUUUACGAUGUGGAACAGGCGCCAUUUGCCAGGGGCAAAUUCGCUGCAGUGCGUCGUGCAAUACACAAAAAUAGCGGUCUACAUUUCGCUGCAAAGUUUUUAAAACGACGCCGACGCGCACAAUCUUCAGACAAGGAGAUCAAGCAUGAGAUUGCUGUCUUAAUGCUAUGUGAGGGCGAAGAGAACAUUGUCAACUUGAAUGCGGUACAUGAGACUCGCUCGGACACGGCUCUUCUGCUGGAGCUCGCCACUGGAGGGGAAUUGCAAACGAUAUUGGACAACGAGGAGUGCCUUAGUGAGGCGCAUGCGCGCAUUUGUAUGCGCCAAGUGCUCAAGGCUCUCAAAUUUCUACAUGAGCGCAGCAUAGCCCACUUAGAUUUAAAGCCUCAAAAUAUAUUGCUCGCCGGUGAACGCAUUGAGGAUGGGCUCAAGUUAUGCGACUUCGGCAUAUCGCGCGUCGUCUGCGAGGGUAUUAAUGUGCGUGAACUGGCUGGUACGCCCGACUAUGUGGCGCCCGAGGUGCUGCAAUAUGAACCGCUCUCACUUCUCACCGAUAUUUGGUCUGUGGGCGUGCUGGCAUAUGUGCUUCUAUCAGGAUUUUCACCAUUUGGCGGCGACACUAAACAGGAGACCUUCCUCAAUAUAUCGCAGUGUGCGUUAACAUUUCCCGAUAACUUGUUCGGGGGCGUCUCUCAAGCGGCCAUUGACUUUAUACGCUGUGCACUGCGAAUUAAGCCAAACGAUCGCAUGAGCGCCGCAGGCUGUCUGGACCACAUUUGGCUAAAGGACGAAUGCGCGCUAAUCAGACAGAUGUAUAUGCAAACAAAUACGGAUGCAGACUUUGUCAAUGAGCCGGGUGAGGAUGAUGACGGCGAAGAAGAUGUUGACGAAGAGGAUGUUGAGACUGUGGAGUCCCAGCAGAGCAAUUAUAGCACAGGCAGCUCAGCAACAGCGGGAACACAAAUCAACGGCAACAGCAACUGUAGCAGCAGUAGCAGCGAUAGCAACAGUAAUGGCAGCAACAAAACAACAACUCACAAUGGCAGAAUGCACAGUAAUGUCUCCAAAAUACCCAUAGCUGCCUCAAAAUACAACAAUAGUAACAGCAACGGCAGCAGCAGCAGUAGCAGCACCAGCAACAACAGCAACAGCAAUAACACCAACAGCGGUAGAAGCAGCACAAAAUCUAGCCCACCAUCAGAAACUACAAUGGCCAUAUACACAGUGUCCGGUCUUGCAACUACAAAAGCAACAACAACAAUAGCUACGACCAAGUCAACGCAAAUUGCAACACCCACACGUCGUGCGUCCGAUUCUGAUAAAGAGAAUACUUAUACGGCUACAUUUGUUAAGAAGCCGGCUAAGCCCAAUGGCAUUGGAGUCGGUAUCGGCAGCACGGCGACCAUUUUGAUAGGCAGCAGCGGGGAGGCAGCCAUUGUAUCCACUGCAACAGUGCCAAAUACUGACAACAGUUCGAAUGUGACAACGCCAUGUCUAUUUCCCGAUGCCCCUACUACACCCAAAGUUAUACGCAAGGCGCCGUCAGUUGAGACUCCUGGGACCUCCGUCAAGGCACUGGUGAAGAAGUUUCAGCUGGAGAACGGGAGCAAUAGUGACGGUGAAACUUCACAGCACCAGCAGCAGCAGCAGCAACAACUGCAGUCUACAACAUUAAAUAGUAUUCGGAAAUGCUCCAUGGGCACGGUGACGAACAUGCGGUUCAUCUGCAAUGCUGCCAGCAGCUAUGAGAACAGCAGCUAUGAGCACAGCAGCAGACACAACAAGAGCCUGGCCAGCAGCAAAUGUAACCUAAUCUUUAGUCCCAUACUACCCGUAAGGCGACGCGCUUCAGAGCCACUGACAACAGGUAUUCACAGACCGACCCAGUCAACCAACGGCUUCAUUUGUGGCCCAUUGCAUCAGAGUCAGAGUCAGAGUGAGACUCAGGAUCAGAAUCAGCUUCCGAAUAGUGGUAGAAAUGUAGCCAAUGUAGGAGCAGCACCCGUCGCUACUAGCAAAAGCUCUAACAGUAACAGUAGCAGUAGUAGCAGUGGAACUACAGGUAGUAGUAGCACAAACUUGCUUUUAAAUGGACGACUGCCUUUUCACCAUCAUCAUCAUAUGCAUCACCAUCAUCAUGUUGUGAUUGCCACCAAGAAUGCAGCUGCUGCCGCAACCAACAAUUUGAGUCUGGAUCAGGGCAUCAUCUGUUAGCUAAGGGCCAGCCGAGCGCGUCGCAAUGCCAAAAGUUUGUUUCAUCGCUUACUCUGCUGCAUGUAGCAGUGUAUGGACGUGUAAGCCCAACGGCUCGUGUAUCUUUAGCUGGUUUACUAAAGGCAGGAAUGAACACGAUGGACCGACAGCUUACUUUCUCGCUCUGGCGUGCACGCCGCCUCGCUCUCGCUCGCAAUGUUGAGCACAACGCACAUGGACACAAAACCGAUAAUUUGAUCAAAAUUAUCAAAAACUAGAACAUAAAAACAAAAGUUAACUUUCCCCUCUUUUCGCUUUCGUCGGCUUAUACAAAACCUUUUUGAUUCGCAUGUUAAGUUGGCUUACUAAAAUGGACUUACUCGUAUUAAAGAAAUAUGUACAUCUGUGCGUGUUUAAUUUCUUUAUACAUAUGUACAUCUAUACAUAUAUAGAUAAAUACAUAAGAACAUAAAUAUACAUACAUACAUACAUACAUACAUAUCAAUCAAUCAAUGUUGUUGUUACAGGCCCGUUGAGAGUUUGUUAAAAAUUGAAUUGAAUAAUUGGUGAAUGUGCAAAAAGUUAUUAUACAAAAAUACAUACAUACUAUACCUACAAAUACAUACUUACUUAGUAGUAUGAAGUUUGCUGCCCAAUAAUUGCCAAUUGGCGAAACCAGGGUGUGAAGGCAACAAUAAAUGUGAUGCAUCAGGCAAUGGUCAGAACAAACAUUUUUGUUUUUCCUUAACAACAAAAAUAAUUCAACGAAUCACAUACAUAAUUGUCAAUUCUAUUAUUAAAUGUCUAUUGCUUAGCAUAAAUUUUAUAGUUACAUUUAUAUACAUAUACCAAAAAAAAAAAGAAAGAAAAAGAAAAGAAAUACAAUGGCUUAGGAAAUUAAGGGAGUCAAGCACAAGAAGAAAUAUUUACCACCAAGCAAUGAAAAGGUUAAGAAUUUAUCACUGUCAUGGUUUCCUAACUCGCGUUCUGUUAUGACUUUUCUAAUGCCUGUUUUAAAUAAACAUACAUUAUGCAGAUAUACAUAAGUGUAGCGCCAAUUACAAUUAUAUGAUAUGCAGUUAUUUCAUGAAUGUUUAGAUACAUGCGUAAAUGAAAAUGUGCGAACAGGAAAUGAAAAAUAUAAAAAAGGUAUAUUUUAACUGCUGUUAGAGUUGCAGAUAGUUUACCCAAUGUACUUGUAUGAGUGUGUUAUAAGACUUGGAACAUGCUGCAACUGCUUAUGCAUAUGCUUACUAAGUAUGUACAUACAUGUACAUAUGUAUGUAUGUACAUGUGCAAAGUUAAGUGCAUACAUUAUACAUAUUGUCAAUCAACCAAUCAAUCAAUCGAUGAAUCAUAAAUAGCAAAUUGUUCACGUUGUUUUUACAAAUUGUUAAGGAUGUGUGUGCGCGUGUGUGUGCGUGUGAUUGUAUUACAUUUUAGAAACCAUAUCGCGCAUACAUAUUUUAAAUGUUAUCCAAAUAACUACAGUACAUAUAAUCAUGCAAUCAUUAUUCCGCACACGCAUGCAUAUAGAUAUAUACAU